AACCCUGAUGCCCCACCUCCUCUGCCUUGACUUUCUGGCAACUCCAACCAGCAGCCUCGCGUCCGCUGGCCCCCGCCCUCCUAACGUCACGGCCACUAGGUACAGUGCCCCCUAGGGGCCUCUGUUCCUCCCACGAGGAAGAGCCUGGUCUUUCCUGCUGCUGGCCCGUUACAGUGUAGCCUGGCUCUCUGGUUCCUGCCUCGCCAACCCCAGGAGGAACUUGCUGCCGCAUCUCGGUGCCUCGGGAGGACCAGUCGCCCCGCGCUCCGCAGCAGCAUGAGCGCCCGCCUGCCUCUCCUACUGCGCCAGCUCAACAGCCAGCAGCUGCCCCCGGGCCCGGCACGUCGGCUCCGUGAGUUGUGUCGCUCCAGCAGCAGAAGCAAGAGCAGCGGAGGUGGUGACCCCGAGCAGUUGCGCGGUCGGCGGCUGCAGGAUGGCCAGGCCUUCAGCAGCCGCGGCCCUGGCAGUCCGGAAGCCCUCGGGAAGGACUCCAUCGUCAGAGAAGUCAUUCACAAUUCCAAAGAAGUGCUGAGUUUGUUGCAAGAGAAAAACCCUGCCUUUAAGCCAGUUCUUGCUGUUAUUCAGGCUGGCGAUGACAGUUUGAUGCAGGAAAUAAACCAGAAUUUGGCCAAGGAGGCUGGUCUGGACAUCACUCACAUCUGCUUGCCCCCAGACAGUGGAGAGGAUGAGAUCAUAGAUGAAGUCCUGAAGAUGAAUGAUGACCCCAGGGUGCAUGGCCUGGCCCUUCAGAUCUCUGAAGAUUCAUUGAGCAACAAAGUUCUCGGGGCUCUGAAACCAGAAAAAGAUGUGGACGGGGUGACUGAUGUCAAUCUGGGGAAACUGGUGCGAGGCGACGCCCCUGAGUGCUUUGUUUCACCUCUGGCGAGAGCUGCAGUAGAGCUUGUUGAGAAAUCAGGGAUGGUCACCUUGGAUGGAAAGAAGAUGUUGGUGAUAGGGGCAGCUGGGCCCCUGGAGGCUGCCCUGCAGUGUCUUUUCCAGAGAAAAGGAUCGAUGACAAUGAGCUCCUCGUGGGCAGCACCUCAGCUCCGAGACAAGCUUCAAGAGGCAGACGUUGUGGUCUUAGGCUCCCCUAAGCCAGAAGAGAUUCCUGCUGCUUGGAUCCCCUCGGGAACCACUGUUCUCAACUGUUUCCACGCCUUCUCCUCAGGGAAGCUGAGCACUGGUUCUCCUGGGGUCCCCGUGAAUGGACUCAUUGCAGAGGAAAGCGUGAGUCUCCUCGCUGCAGCUCUGCGAAUUCAGAACAUGGUCAACAGUGGCAGGCGGUGGCUCCGAGAGCAGCAGCACAGAAGAUGGAGACUGCACUGCUUGAAGCUGCAGCCUCUCUCCCCUGUACCCAGUGAUAUUGAGAUUUCAAGAAGACAGACUCCAAAGGCUGUGGACAUCCUUGCCAAAGAGAUAGGAUUGCUUGCAGAUGAAAUUGAAAUCUAUGGCAAGAGCAAAGCCAAGGUCCGUUUGUCCCUGCUGGAGAGGCUAAAGGACCAAGCAGAUGGGAAAUACGUCCUGGUUGCUGGGAUCACUCCCACCCCGCUCGGAGAAGGGAAGAGCACUGUCACCAUUGGCCUGGUGCAGGCGCUGACUGCACACCUGAAGGUCAACUCCUUCGCCUGCCUGAGGCAGCCUUCCCAGGGACCCACUUUUGGAGUGAAAGGAGGAGCUGCGGGUGGUGGAUAUGCUCAGGUCAUCCCUAUGGAGGAGUUCAACCUUCACCUGACUGGAGACAUCCACGCCAUCACUGCCGCCAAUAACUUGCUGGCCGCAGCCAUCGACACCAGGAUCUUGCACGAGAGCACGCAAACAGACAAGGCUCUCUACAAUCGCCUGGUUCCCUCAGUGAAUGGCGUCAGAGAAUUUUCAGAAAUUCAACUUUCUCGCCUGAGGAAACUGGGGAUAAAUAAGACCGAUCCAAGUACACUGACAGAGGAGGAAGUGAGGAAGUUUGCCCGCCUCAACAUCGACCCCUCCACCAUCACAUGGCAAAGAGUGUUGGACACCAAUGACCGAUUUCUGAGAAAAAUAACUAUCGGCCAGGGAAGCACUGAGAAAGGCUAUUCCCGGCAGGCACAGUUUGACAUCGCGGUGGCCAGCGAGAUCAUGGCGGUGCUGGCCUUGACUGACAGCCUCGCCGACAUGAAGGAGCGGCUAGGAAGAAUGGUGGUGGCCAGUGACAAAGAUGGGCAGCCCGUGACAGCGGAGGACUUGGGCGUGACAGGCGCAUUGACAGUUCUGAUGAAAGACGCCAUCAAACCAAAUCUGAUGCAGACCCUGGAAGGGACACCCGUGUUUGUACAUGCUGGCCCCUUUGCUAACAUUGCCCACGGCAACUCUUCAGUGUUGGCUGAUAAAAUUGCCCUGAAACUGGUUGGCGAAGAAGGGUUUGUAGUGACUGAAGCUGGCUUUGGGGCUGAUAUUGGGAUGGAGAAAUUCUUCAACAUCAAAUGCCGGGCUUCUGGACUGGUACCCAACGUCGUCGUCCUGGUGGCCACUGUGCGAGCACUGAAGAUGCAUGGAGGUGGCCCAAGUGUAACUGCUGGGGUUCCUCUCAAGAAGGAAUAUACAGAGGAGAACAUUCAGCUGGUGGCUGAUGGCUGCUGUAACCUACAGAAACAGAUUCAGAUCGCUCAGCUCUUCGGGGUGCCCGUCGUGGUGGCGCUAAAUGUCUUCAAGACUGACACCCGCGCGGAGAUCGACUUAGUGUGUGAGCUCGCUAAGCGGGCCGGUGCUUUUGAUGCGGUCCCCUGUUAUCACUGGUCGGUUGGAGGAAAAGGGUCUGUGGACUUGGCUCGGGCUGUGAGAGAAGCUGCAAAUAAAAGAAGCCGCUUCCAGUUCCUGUACGAUGUGCAGCUUCCAAUUGUGGAGAAGAUAAGAACCAUUGCCCAGACUGUCUAUGGAGCCAAGGACAUUGAGCUGUCUCCAGAGGCGCAAUCCAAAAUCGAGCGCUAUACGCAACAGGGUUUUGGAAAUUUGCCCAUUUGCAUGGCAAAGACCCACCUUUCCCUGUCUCAUGAGCCUGACAAAAAGGGGGUGCCGAGGGAUUUCGUUCUGCCCAUCAGCGACGUCCGGGCCAGCAUUGGUGCCGGGUUCAUUUACCCUUUGGUGGGAACAAUGAGCACGAUGCCAGGACUGCCCACUCGCCCCUGCUUUUAUGAUAUAGACCUCGACACAGAAACAGAGCAAGUCAAAGGCUUGUUCUAACAGAAAGGGAACUCUCGCAGGACCUGAGCCAGUUGGAGAAGGAAAUGAAUUUUGAAAUCUGCUUGUUAUGCAAUGCUGGAGAAAGUCUGAGGCCAAAGAAAGAGCGCUUCCUCGCGCAAGAUGGAUCCUGUUUCCAGCUGAGCGCUGUUCAACAACAGGAGGACCUGGGCCACAUCUGGAAGAUGCGACGUUACUCUUGCUUCCUAUCUUUUACACCAUUUCUGCUGCCUACACUUUGGAGGGUUUAUUUUAUGGUGACGGAUGAGGGGAUUGCAAGAGUGUGAACCAAAAGUUAAUGUUUUCCUCUAUGGCAUUUCCUGGAACUUCAUUU